CUCUCUAUCUCUCUCUCUCCCUCCUUCAAGAAACAGAGCCUCAAGCCCACGCGACCGCCACGAGCUCCGCGAAACAGAGAGAGAGAGAUGCAGAGCCUGCAAGAAAAGGCCUCCCAAUGGAGUGGCGUUGACCCGGAAGACGCCUUCGCCAUCGACGGCACCAACCUCUUCCAGAAGCUCGGCCUCCCCACCUUCAUCAAUCUCUCGACCAAUUUCUACUCCAGGGUGUACGACGAUGGAGAAGAAUGGUUUCGGUCGAUCUUCGCAAAUUCAAAGAAGGAAGAAGCGAUUCAAAACCAAUAUGAAUUCUUUGUGCAGAGAAUGGGCGGUCCAGCAUUGUAUUCUCAGAGGAAAGGUCAUCCCGCAUUAAUCGGGCGCCAUCGACCAUUUCCCGUCACCCGGCAAGCAGCGGAAAGGUGGUUGCAUCACAUGCAGCAAGCACUAGACAGCGUUACGGAAAUCGAUGAUGACUCGAAGACUAAGAUGAUGAACUUUUUCAGGCACACGGCAUUCUUUCUCGUGGCUGGCAACGAGCUGAAGAAUCAAAACCAACAAGUCCCAUGUAAGCACGCGGCGAGCAAACCAGCUGCUUCUUAAAGCUUGGAUCAUUGAGCACGCUCUCCUCCAAUUUAGUUAGAAAAAUGAGAUGAUAAUCAAAUCUCCAAUGUGACAGAAUCGAAUAGGACUGUGAAGGAAGUGUUCUUGAAGCUUAUUUACUGUUGAGCCAUGAAAUUUGAAUGAGCUUUCAUUGUCUUUUACCAACGGACAGAAAAGGUCUUGCAGAAUGAAAUGUGUUCAUCUGUUCGAUCUCUCGUUUAAACAGCGGCCACUUAUGCA